GGGCGCUCAAUCGAAGUAAGACCUAAGAUGUGUCCUUCCCCUGCUGCGCCCGAACUCAAAGUUGCUCAUGCGGGCAAGAAUUCCACACACACACCCCACCCCGCCCAUGACUGUACAAGCACUUUUUGGAGCCUUAACCCGCCUAUCUGUUGCACAUGGGAAUGCUGUGGAUAUGGCAGGAAGACCACUUCCAAUCGAUUGUGCGGGCUGCGCUUUAUACGAGCACUGCAAAACGCACCAUUUGUCUACCCGGAAGCCGGUUGAUCUCAGUGAGGUCUAGCUUCCUAGUAAAAACGUUUAAGAUAGCAGCCUAAAGAUUUGUGAGAGUAAAUGCCUUUGAAAUCGGUGAGACUUCCGUAAACACGUAUAAGAUCCGGUUACGCGAGUCAUGUAUGAAGAAGCUGUCCUUUUUUCGUACAGAAGUGUUUCUGCCUGGUAUGUUGUGGGUGGAGCACUAGAGCCUUGUUUUCCUUCUGUCAAGUUCUGCGGUGCAUCUGGAACAGGGUUCACCAUGGCACGAGAAGACCCAGAGUCACUGCCCACCCUGAAGCUCCUUUUGGUUGGAGACAGCGCAGUGGGGAAAUCCAGCCUCUUGCUGAGAUUCACCGAUGAUCAGUUUGAACCUUACCGCAGUCCAACCAUUGGUGUUGAUUUUAAAGUGAAGAAGACAGUGGUUGGCGACCUUCCUGUGCAGCUAGCAAUAUGGGACACAGCAGGGCAGGAGCGGUUUCGAACACUAACUCCUAGCUAUUAUCGAGGUGCUCAAGGUGUGAUUUUAGUUUACGACGUCACCAGGAGAGAGACUUUUCUGGGCCUGGAAAACUGGCUGCGGGAGCUGGAGAUGUAUACAAGGGAAAAGGUGGUGAAGAUUCUGGUGGGCAACAAGAUCGAUAAGCCUGAUCGUGAGGUAGACAGAAAGGAAGGCUUGCAGUUUGCUCGGAAACACUCCAUGCUCUUCAUAGCAAAGUCCCAGGUGGAUAAUACAGCUCCAAGUACACAGACCCACCAGUACUUCAAGGUCACCAAGAUUCAGGAAGCCCAGAAAAGAAUUGGGCUGAUUGAAAGAGAGAACAAGACCCUCUCAGCACGCUUGGCUGACAUCUAUCGUGGGGGAAGUAUGGUAGAUUGCUGGAAUCCAUACACCCAGAAGAGCGCAAUCCGAGAGAAGAAUAAUGUCGAACUCGUGAGGAUCACCAUGGAGAACCAGGGCCUACUUAAAAGGCUCAAGAGCCGCAAAGCAACCUACGACCGGAAGCAGUACGAGCUGGAUUGGCAGAAUUCAAGGAAAUUUCUCAAGUUUUCCAGCCGCUUUCUCCAGGCACCUUGCGACAAGGCUGCAUGAGGAUAGAACAAGUCAUUUGGUGCCACUCAAGACUUAACAGCAAGUUGAUGGCAAGGUCAACAACUGGCUGAUAUCUUCAUUUAGGAUUUUUAGAAUAAAGCAUGAGGCAUUGAAAGAA